GAGUCCCGCAGCAAAGUGUGCCAGAUGUUUAAUUCUGGAGAGGACGAGACGUUGGAGCAUGUCAUGCUGGAGUGUGUGAAGUAUGCCAGAGACAGGUAUGAGAUGAUGCAAGUGGAGUUGACUGAGUUAGGGCAUAAUAGGAACGAAAGAGUGGACUGACUAGAGAAACGAAUGAAAGGAUGAGUGAGGCGGUGAAGGAGUUUCUGGAAAGAAUGUGACGUGCCAGAUGUACGGACGAUUAAAGUAAAGAAUCCUGCUCUCUUUUUCUCUUUUUUCUGUGUGCCUUUCUUUUGUCGUCUACAAGAGCUGCCGAUCCAAAGGCCCGGCCCGAGAGAGAUCCCGAGUCGCCUGUAGUAUCAAGAUCAAGAUCUCGGCGGGUAAGCGACGUCAACACAGCGAGCAAGAAAUGGCGGGCAACUUCUGGCAGAGCGCUCACUACCAGCAAUGGAUCUUGGACAGUCAGGACCUGAUCCAGGAGCGGCGGCCGGACCUGGAGCUGCUCACCGAGGAGGAGUACCACAAGAUUAUGAUAUUCUUCACUAAUUUCAUCCAGCAGCUGGGUGAGACAUUGAAGCUCCGGCAACAGGUGAUAGCCACAGCCACUACCUUCCUCAAGAGGUUCUACGCCCGGAACUCCCUGAGGUGCAUUGACCCACUGCUGCUUGCCCCAACCAGCGUCUUCCUCUCCUCCAAGGUGGAAGAGUUUGGCGUCAUCUCCAACAGCAGACUCAUCUCCACCUGCCAGUCUGUGGUUAAAAACAAGUUCUCUUAUGCCUACACCACUGAGUUCCCGUAUCGCACCAAUCACAUCCUGGAGUGUGAGUUCUAUCUGCUGGAGAGUCUGGACUGCUGCCUCAUUGUUUAUCAACCCUACAGGCCACUGGUGCAGUACAUGCAGGACCUGGGAGGGGAGGGUGAGGUGCUGCAGCUGGCCUGGCGCAUUGUCAAUGACAGCCUCAGGACAGAUGUGUGUCUGCUCUUCCCACCCUACGAGAUUGCCCUUGCCUGCAUCCACAUGGCAUGUGUGGUGCACCAGAAGGACUGCAAGCAAUGGUUUGCUGAGCUCAACACUGAUUUGGAUCGCAUCAUGGAGAUCACACGCUACAUUCUCAACCUGUACGAGCUCUGGAAGACAUAUGAUGAGCGCAAGGAGAUCCAGGCUCUGCUGCAGAAGAUGCCCAAGCCCAACACACAGCCAGUGCCUCGGUGAUCAGAGCCCAGCCUCUACAGGAUGUGUGAGGGGCCAGCAGGGGCUGCAGGGAUGGCUGCUGGGGUGGGGGUGGGGGGCCUGCAAGCAGCCAUGUGUGAUGCACAGCCCCAGAUGCAGCAGCAGUGCUUCCUGGCUGCUGCUGCUGCAGCUGCAGCUGCUGUUGCAGCUAUGUCAGAGCAAGAAGGGAAUUAAAGGGGGGGAGGGAGGGAAGGGAAGAGUGUAAAGAAAUAAUGUUGUGACAUGAGUCAGUGAAGAGGGAACAAUGGAAGAGAAGUGUUGUUUACCGAGUAUUGUGUUCAGAUUGUAGAGACAGACUAGGACAGUGUUGUGGUUUGAGGGACAGCAGCACACACAGGGCAGGGAAAUGUAGAGUCUGAUGGCUAGAAGAUGUCUAUAAGUCAGGGCUGGAAGGCAGGUCCCCAUUGUAGUGGAGCAAGGUACAUGUGCUUAGUAGGUAGACCUAUCAGGAUUAUGCCAAAACAAACUGAAGGUCAAUAACAGAAAAGAUCUUGCUUCAUGAAGUAUUGAACCAUUAAGGCUGAAUAUAGACAAAACUUGGUACCUCAUUGAUGUGGUGAGUUAGGAAAAUAAGACAAUGUCUCUACACCACACUUAGGUGUCUUGGGACACCUCAAGGCACCUCAGGGCUGCUGCUGCUCCUGGUUGUGGGUGCAGCAUCGGCCAGCCAGCCAGCCAGUGAGUAGUGGUGACUUGUUUCUUGUGAAUCUGAAAACAACAAGCCAUCUGCAUUUCAUUCUGUCUCCAUUUCCUGUCAUUCCUUAAAUAACUUUACUAGUGAAAGGUGCACACCAACAGUGAGGAAAUUGCUGCAGAUUUUGUAGUAGUGUUAGUCUUUUAUUUUUAGUGAGUUUUCAAUGUGCAUUAGUGACAUUUAAUCCUGAGAGUGGUGUUUCUAUGGAAAGAAUUCACAGGAAGGUGCAAAUUAUUUUCACCAAUCUGUAGUUUGAAUAUUUUCAUAAGUGGAACAUGCUGUCAUUGUGAACAUCUCCAAAUGAUCCAGUUGUACAACUACUGCUGAUUGCAAUGUUAUGAACAAAGACUUUGGAAGGUCAGCUGAUAGCUGAUAGUUUUCUAUUAUCACAUUGUUCAUGUGAUCAGCGAUGUGUGAACCUCAACUUGUGUUGCCUGUAGUGUUGGUCACUAUCAAGGCAAACCUUGGUUGUCUUUCAGUUCCACAACUUUUGAGUGAAGUGAAGAUGAAAUGGGCAUGAGUGACACACACACACACACACACACACACACACACACACACACACACACACACACACACACACACACACACACACACACACACACACACACACACACACA